ACCACAAAGGAGAACUGUGUUUACUCCGGCCAAUCGGUCGGGGGCGGGAGUUGACUGAAGAGAUUCCGACUUGGAACAUAGAUUGCGCUUGGAGUUCCGUAGGUCGUCGAGGUUCUCCGGGCAGGGCGGCAGGAGGCCAUGUGGCGGGGGAGUCGCUGCCUGCGAGCGCUGCUGCCGGGCUUGCAGUCUCGGGGAGUGGUUCCCGAGAGCACCAAAUGGGUGAGGGGACCGCGCGCCCCUGUGCAUCUAGCCACUCCCAUAGCUUCUCCCGCUGGCCCCUCGUGGGUGUCUUCGCUUGGGUUGCGAAGAGCCAGCGGCGUGGGUAGCUCCGAGCUGUGGGAUGCAACAGAGGAGGUCGCUGAAGUGGAGCGAGAAGAGGUACACCAGCCGGAGCAACGCAGUCGUGAAGGUCUUGCUUCUUCAACGUUCAACCUUGACUAUGUGGUAUCGCUUCUGCGUCAAGAAAAUGCCAAAGACAUUUGUGUUAUCCAGUUGCCUCCAGAAAUGAGAUACAGCAACUAUUUUGUAAUUGUCAGUGGCUCUUCUACACGGCACCUCCAUGCCAUGGUACACUACCUGGUAAAAAUGUAUAAGCAUCUGAAAAGAGACUGUGACCCUCAUAUUUUGAUUGAAGGAAAAGACUGUGAUGACUGGUUGUGCAUUGAUUUUGGCAAUAUUGUCAUCCAUUUCAUGUUGCCAGAAACACGUGAAAUCUACGAGUUAGAAAGGCUAUGGACACUCCGCUCAUAUGAUGAUCAGUUGGCACAGAUACUUCCAGAAUCCUUACCCGAAGACUUCAUAUUUGGGCUCACUUGUGAAAGCAAAGAUUAGCCUCUAGGCAGUGCAAAGAGUUAUUUUGCACAAGUAAUGCUCAGUCUUUUAUUGCAAUGGCCAUCUGGUGUAUUGAGGGCAAUUCUUCAAGCAUGAAAGGAAUGGGAACGAAAGAACUCAGAGUGGCUCAAGAGCUCAACAGCAGUUUUCUGGAAUGGAGAAAGGAAUACUUGGCACAUGUGAAAAGAAACUUGCUGCUUACACUGCAAAAACUGGAUAGGGAAUGUUGGAGGGCAUGCACAUUGUUUUGCAGAGAUUAAUAGCUAGAACCUAGUAUUAAGUUUCCAUCAAAUGUUGAUCCUGUUCACACUUUAUACAGGUGGUGGCUCUUGGUGGCCAAAAGGUUUGAUGCUGUGCUACCAUGUUGUCAUGUGAAAGUGUACCUGACGGUGGUAGUAUUAAGGCAAGAGUAAAAUACACCCAUUUUGGAACAGUUUCAAAGUCUCACUCACUAACCUUUGCCUACUAUCUCUGUUGUCUGUUUUACUGCAGUUGUCCUUAAACAUCAGCUUCAGUGUACAUCAAGUUGCAGUAGUAACAAUGUGUCACAUAAUGGUGGCAGGGAGGAUAGCCUUCAACAGAAUGUGCCUUAGCAACAAUAUGUUUUGAUUUUGCUUAACUUUGCCCCUAAGUACCAGCUUUUGGUCCCUCAUGUUAUUACUUCUCCCAACCUCUGCAGCCAGCAAGUCCUGAGCAGUGGGAGCUACUGCAGUUCAGAGUGCUGAUAAAGCCACAGGCUCUUUACUCACUUUUAGCAGCUAAUAAGACCAUGCAUGCAGCUUACAUGGGACUACUUUUAAAAAUAAAACUUUACAGUGAUUUAAUAUCAUGCAUUCAUCUUGCUUCCUACAUUAAGCCACAUUUUAUAGUUUCUCAUAUUCUCAUCAAGAAGCAGCUUUUCUACAUAUUAGAAAGCACACUUCCAUCCAUAAAACCAAUUUGUUAUUUGCUUAAGACUACCUUCCAAAUUUAAGAACAAUUUUCUUAAAAAUUUUAACAUGUCCAGUUAAAAGCAAACAUUCACUAAAAUUAAAUCUGUCCAUAUUGAAGCAAAGCUUCAAUCUUCAUAAACAAUUUCCUCUUCUGUCUCAACAAAGUUUCUCACAUCAGAUGCUGUUCCACAGAGAUGCUGAUUUUAAUUAUUUGGCUAGUGGUUUUGUUUAACAUUUCUGAAAAGUCUCUACUGCCCCCCACAAGUUCAAAUUGUCCUCAUUCAGGUUUCUUUGUACCUAGUACAGAAGUGCUAGGUCUCAUUUUAAUGAGUCUGGCCCAAAUACAUUCAGUGAAAGUCUCCCAACACACCAGCACCAUAAAGCAGGAGGAACAGAAAUCAAAAGAAGGAAUUUACAGCCUUGCUGAAGAGAAAUACCUCAUUUAUGAAGUGGAACAUGGUAUAUGUUUUACAUUUUUGGUAUCUCUGAAGGCAAUCUUAAGACAUGUAUGCAUAGGUGGGGUAAAACCAUCUAAUAUUAGCCAUUAAAACACUACUUUAGUAAAUUUCAUAAAGCUUUGUCAUGCAUGUGAAUCCAUGCACAGUGCAUGUACACCCCUCCCCCCACCAUUUGUCCAAUCAAAACCCCAUAGCAGCGCUUCCACCAGUGUCAGGGAUACAAACUAACGAAUUUCCCCACACACAGAAGAAAAGCAGUUAAGGGGUUAAGUAGUUAAGAAGCAGUUAACUUCUUGUAUUGCUUUUCAUUAAAUGUUGGGGGAAAUUAUACAGAGCCAAGAAUCCCAUGUAGUCAGACACUUUCACUGGAUGCUGUUGAGUGUGUGUUUCAAACAAAGAAUAUUACCACACCUUUUAAGUCUCAAAACAUAUUGCCUAUGUAUUAUCCUUUUCUCUACUAUUUUGAGUUUGGUAUCUUUUUCUUUUAAGGAUAUACCACACAUAGGGCAUGAUCUAGCCAAAGUUAAGCCUUCUCAGUUCCACCAAUUUCAAGGAGAGAGUUUUAAGAAUGUACUUAUAUUGGAAUGAACUUAUAUUCAAGUCUAUUUGGCCUUUUAAGCCUAUGGUUGGAUCAUGCCAUCAGUGCCCUAGAUGUGAGCACACUGGAUGACAUCCUGGCUUUUCCACUGCAUAUAGAGAGAGGAGUAAUUUCCAGCUCUCCUAUCUACCAUCAACUAUGCUUCCCAAAACUGUCUCCCUACAGGUCCCACAACCCUCAGGGACAUAGUUGGAGGAUACACAAGCAGCUACAGAGGGGGAGAGAGUGACAAAAAUCACCCCUCAUGUAACUUAAGAACUUGAAAGGUUAGUUUGGAUGCUGGCUACUGCUGGUUUACAUAAUGGCACUGUGAUUCUUGCCAUUUCAUAAUGAUUUCUAGAACAUUUUUUAAAAACACUUAUAUCCCGCUCUUCCAAGGAGCAUUACCACAGCACAUAACCAAUUCUGUGUUCUUCUUGUAUACUCUUUGUGUGCAAGAGAGAACUUAGGGCUGAAGUGUGUUAACUUGUGAUGAUGGUAAUCAUCAAUUAAGAUUAUAGUGAAAGGAGAGUAGGCAGAUUAUUUCUUACCAGAACUUGUUUCUUUUGUAAACUGCAAUGACUUGUUAAGGUUACUAUAACUCCUAAAUUUUCCAAAGAGCCUUUGGCAGAGGCAUUUGUACACAGAGUGUUGGGCUGAUAAACAGAACUAUAGUGCAAAUGGAGAGGGAGUCAUCUCAGUUGUCCUGUAACUUCUAUCCCCUGUAACUCCCAGGCAAAUUUGAGAAACUUGCAGUUGUGCAAUGUAUGCAGUAGGCAAGGAGUGAACCACAUCAUAGCAAUUUCACAUCUGCAGUCCUCUUGUAAUACUUUGUCCAAAUUUUAGCCAGUAUUGGUCCACACUAAUAUGCUUCUGGGAGGGAAAACAAGCACCCAAAUAUGUCUGAUGAUAGGAGUUAAACUCUUUAUUCCAUUCAGAGGCAUCUGACACAUGAAGCUGCAUUGGGGGCACAUUACAGAGGAGAAAUGAUCAAUACUUCUGUGAAUACUGAAGUCAUUUACAGAAUUACUUCCUAGCUAUUUCCAAAUACUCCAAAUUACCAAGUUUCAAUCGAAAGUAAGACGACAUGAUUUACCACACUAAAGUCUAGAAAUUUAAGAGAAAUGACAAUACUUAAAUCAGCAGAUGUAAAUGCAGCACUUGUUUUGUAAAAUAAAACUUAAUGGAAAACCAUCAAAUCAAUCUUUCUCCAAUAUUAAGAGUAUUGUAUUUUGACAACAAAAAAUUCACACUAUGACCUUCUCAAUACUUCGGUAAUUGUAAAUUCAUUGUAAGAAAAACAAUUCUAAAGAUUAGGUAUAAGUACUGUCAAAAAAAAAAUCCAUUUUUUCCUUCUGCUAAACUACAACACAAGUCUGUGGUUUUUAAAUCAAUUAGUAAAGAAAAGAUGAAGUAAAAAACACCAGAUCAUUUUUUCAAAAAGUUAUCUAGCCUGUACAACGAUCUUUGGGAAAAAUGAUCUAUUCUAUGUAGAAAUGCCUCUAUUUUAAUAUUAAUCUAAGAGGUAGAUCAACAAAAUGGUGAAACAAACUUUUGUUUUUGCUAAUUGUGCCCCUCAAAUCAGUGCAGCGUAGCCAUCCCAAUCUUCUCAUGCACAGAAACAUCACAAACAAAGGGUCCGAGGUAAUAGCAUGGCUUGUGCACACGGGCGGGCGCGCACAUGCACAGCAGUCUUUAUGCACCAUGUGUUGCCACAUUGUUAAAACUGAGGUAGACUGAAGUUUAUUGUAGAAACUUGAAUGCAUAUUACCACAAUCAUGAUUCAAAUUACAUUCUGAAAUUUAAAAAAAAAUAAAUUUGGUAAUUUUCCUGUGA